UUCCUCUGCUUCCCACAUUCACCGCCCCUGCCUGCCUACCAGCGUCAGCCUACAGCAGCCUCUUACAGCUGGCUGAGAAAACACCCAGAGAGCCAAGGAAUGAACGGAACCUGCAAGCCACUGGGGAGGCAAGAGGCUCCUUAAUCGAGAUGAGCCACUGAGAUGACAAGGAAUACUGUUACACAAGAAAAUAGAGAACAGCCAAGUGUUCACCUCCUCUUUAAUUUUUUUUUUCCCUUUGCAUCUGUCACUGAAAACAUGAUUACCCGCCUGAAUGGAUUUAAACCUUACAAGUCAGUGAUUGCUUCCAGUGACGGACGUUAAUUUGUGUUGACAGAUCUGCUGAAACUUAAGCUGCAAGAGGAGGACAAGAGAGCGAGACAUAUAUUUCAAAAGAUUUUUUGCCUGGUAUUUUUUUUCCCUCUCUGGCUGUCUCUUCUCCCCUCUGAUCAUUGCAGCAGAGGACUGCAGAGGAGCAAAAGAGAGCGGACAGAGCUCAUGCAUGCAGACAGGGGAACUUGCACUUCCUACCACCUCGCUGAAAGCUACUUGGAUUCUUUCUCUUUCUGGCUCUUUCACUCGAGGAGAACUAAGACAUUGUAAGCCUGCCAAGGAUCUGGUGUCCACUGAAAAGGGAGAAGGGAGGGGGGGGGGGCAAAUUUGUACCACACUGGGGUCUUUUUUAGAUUCGCACAUAAUUAGUGUUAGGGCACAAAGACAGCCGCUGAAUGGAGGUUGUCAGCCUCUGGAUAGGGGUGAGUAGGAAUCUUUUCAUAUAAAAUCGCUCAAUGAAGACAGUUUUUUUAAUCUGCAGCUUGAUAUAUAACAUGAGCAAAGAGACUUGCCCUUUAUCCUCCUACAUUCUCUUUAACAAGGAUUCCUUUUUGUGUGAGUAAAUAAGACAAAAAUAUAAUCGUAUCGCCUUUUAAAACUAAAAAAAAGAAACAAAACGCAGCCAAAAUAUUUGGGCAGUUUUGUGAAAGAGAGGUGUUUAAUUAUGAUGUGAAAUUGCCAAAGUAAUAUCCAGAUUGGUUCAAUGGACAUUUUCUCGGUGACAUCCCUGGAUAUUUAUGCUAAUGGAUUUCCUUCUAAUUGGUCUGUAUUUAAAGUGGCCACUGAAGAAGCCCCCUGGGUUGAUAUUGUGUUUACUGGGCAUUUUUCUAAGAACGGUUCCCUUGGUAGAGGGGGUUUGUCCACGGCUGUGCCGCUGCGACAGCAAGCUGCUGUACUGCGAGGGGCUCAACCUCACAGAAAUCCCACGCAACCUCAGCAGCGCCAUGGGCCUAUCCAUGAGAGAGAACAACUUGACAGAGCUGCGUGAGGGCCAUUUUGCUGGCUUGUCACAGCUCACCUGGCUCUACUUAGAUCACAACAACAUUGACAUAGUAGAGGAGGGUGCCUUUGACAGGCUAAGGCGGGUCAAGGAGUUGGACCUGAGCAGCAACCGGAUUGAGAGUUUGCCCAAUGGUACCUUCAGGCCCCUUCCAAACUUACGUAUCCUGGACCUAUCAUACAACAGGCUACAAGCACUAGAACCUGACCUGUUCCAUGGCCUUAGAAAGCUCACAAAUUUGCAUUUACGCUACAAUGCUCUUAAGUUUGUGCCAGUGCGGAUCUUUCAGGACUGCCGGAGCAUGCAGUUUCUGGAUCUAGGCUACAACCAACUGCAGAGUCUGGCACGAAACUCCUUUGCUGGACUGUUCAAGUUGACUGAAUUACAUCUGGAGCACAAUGAGCUGGUUAAAGUCAACUUGGCCCACUUCCCUCGCCUCAUCUCCUUACGUACACUGUACAUGCACAACAAUCGUGCCACUAUUGUUGUCAGUACCCUGGACUGGACCUGGCAUUUCUUGGAGAAGAUUGACCUGUCAGCUAAUGAAAUUGAAUACAUCGAGCCACACGUUUUUGAGAGUGCACCCAAACUGAAGGUGCUCAUGCUAGAUUCUAAUCGGCUGACUACUGUGGACCAGCGCAUCCUGGAUUCUUGGUCGUCUCUGGACAGCAUCACCCUGGCAGGGAAUGAGUGGGAGUGUAGCCGCAAUGUGUGUGCUUUGGCCUCCUGGCUGAGUGCCUUCCGAGGCCAGCGUGACAGCUCCUUGCUGUGUUCAAGCCCAGACAUUGCGCAGGGUGAGGAUGUGUUGGACGCUGUCUAUGCUUUUCAGCUAUGUGAGGAUCCCCCAUCGGAGGUAACUACGGCGGGCCUGUAUGCCUCCACCAGGGAUCGGGCCCAGGGUGGUUCUGUGUUUUUGGGCCCAUUUACUCCCAACCCCUAUGAGGGUGAGGGUGGUGAGGUGGCCACUGGCUCUUUCACUGUCACAGUGGGCUAUGACGACCCGGAGAGCACCAUGCAGAUCCACAAGGUGGUGACUGGUACCAUGGCACUAAUCUUCUCCUUUCUCAUCAUAGUACUGAUGCUCUAUGUGGCCUGGAAGUGCUUUCCAGCUGGAAUAAGGCAACUGAGGCAGUGCUUCAGCAGCCAGCGACGCAAGCAGAAGCAGAAGCAAAGCAUGCAGCAGAUGGCUGCAAUUUCUACACCAGAAUACUACGUUGACUAUAAACCUAACCACAUUGAGGGAGCGCUGGUCAUCAUCAAUGAAUAUGGCUCUUGCACCUGUCAGCAGCAACCUUCUCGGGAAUGUGAGGUGUGACAGUGCUUUGUGAGUAUGUGUUUACCUGUGUUUAUCUGGAUAUAAACUCCUUUUUGGAUACAAUGGGGAGGGGAAUAUUGUGGGACAAACGGAAUAAAAGGAUCCUUUGGACACUUUUUAUGCAGCAUCUCACUGUGAUAUGGAACGGGUGUGCUUUACAGGGAUGACUAUUUCACAGUGGAUUUACUGCUACUGCUAUCUACUGCUGAUUUGAGGCCACAAGGCACAGGCAUCUGACUCUUGGACCUGUUGAUAUUCUGCAGAAACAGAAAGGGGAAUACAUUGUGGGCACUAAGGCUUUUCGCUCACCAAGAAUGGAUAUUUAAGCUUUAAUGUGUCUUUCUACUUCAGGACAUUCAAUUAUUGUCUAAAAAUAAACUGGGGACACAACAGAAAAUACCCCAUUUCUAUUACAGUAAACACAAUAUUUGACAAUGAUAAACAUUUAAAAUAUUACAAAAAAAAAAAAUGUUUUAGUUGGAUUAAAAAAAUGUAAAGAUAAAAGUCUAUGUAAAAUAUGUUUAAAGGCAGAAGUGCAAGUGUGGAGAAAAAAUGAUGCAAGAUGCUAUUCUAUUUCUUUUGUAAACUACAAAAAAAAAUGUUUAAAUAAAUGAAUUGCCAUUCACAGUAAACUGAUUUGUACGUGAGAAGCCUUUGAGAGAGGGUGAAUGAUAAUAGAUGCAGUUUUUGUGCUGGUGGACUGGAGAGCGUUGUCUGCUUGCGUCUCUGCAGUGUAUCUAACGAAGAAAAAUUAAAAGGGGCAGAGGGAUAUCUGCACCUCAUUUGCAGUGUUAAAGCCCUUAUAUGAAUUGCAGAUCUUUUUCUCUAUUUUAACUCUCAUAUAUGUUGUUUUAUCAUUCACUGUGUUGGCUCGCUAUCACUGUUGUAGUUGCUUUCCACCUUCCCAUUUCUUUUUGUGAAUAGAUUAAAUCAAUCUAUUACAUUUUAAUUGGUUGGCAAGUUUUCCUAUGAUUAUAUCACAAUUUGUGUACCAUCCAAGUAAACAGCAUCAAAGAUCCAAAGCUAUGACUCUCAUUGCCUCUCAGCCUUUGGCUUUCAUGCAAGAACGAUGCCUCCUUUUACUGAAUAGGGCAUAUUAAAGACAGCAACCACCUCAGCCAACCAUAUUUAAAUCAAAAUGCAAUUUGAAAUGGGCUUGUUGAAAUAAUUCACCAGGGCUUUUCAGCUUAAAGAAACAUUAGCACACAAUAUUAUUCAUAUUAUUCACUGUGUUUUCAUGUAAUGUGAGAUAUGUUUGUUGAAUACAAGGCCAUUUUGAGGUAUGUAUAUCCUUCUUCCUCUCUGGUGUUCAUUGUGUGAAUGAGUGCGUUGGCACAUAUUGUGUUUCCUGAAUCCUUUGACGUACAUGUUGUGAAGGGGGGGUGAGGGGUCACAAAUUUCACAGAAGGAGAGCACAGACUGCUCUCUAGUGUGCAUGUUCUUAUACUGUGGCUGUAUUCUGUCGAAUUGUGCAGGGGUACACUAUA